AUUUUCACCCAAGACCGAAGUUGUCUCAUUUCUUGGAGACAGUCAACAGCAGACAUGACUUUAUUGAAGAUAAACAAGUAUUUGUAUCAAACACAGACGAAGUCGACCGCAAGUGUUAUGCUUCAGAGGAGAGAACGCAUUUAAUAAUUGAGGUAGUCCCUGAACCCGACAAUCCACAAUUUCAACUGUUGCGUCGUAAAGAUGCCAAAGCAUCUGUCUCUGCUUCUGCGAU